AGUGCAUGUCAGAUGGUCAAAACCGACUUGUGCGUGGCAAUUAACGGGAUUGGCAUGGUUGGCAGAGACAUGUGACAGGCUAACUGUCAAAUCGUUCGUAUUGGCAGCAAAGACCUCACAAACACACAGAGACACACACGCACACACGAUUUCACCCGCGUCUAUCCACACGUCCGCCCCCUGACUCAGCUAAGAGCGUCUUGGCAGCGAUGAACGCGCGCUUCAGCUCAGCGUUCUCUGUCUCCAGAGCAGAUAUGACAUUCUCGAGGUCCCUCAUACUUCCAGGCACCUCCUCCUCCUGCUCAGCAGCAGCUCGCAAUGCAGAAGCCGGCUUUCGCGAGACAGCUUCCUGCUGCACCGAUCGAUGCUUGGACCUCUCUGCGUCGAGCUUUUGCGACCAUUCAUAGCCCUGGCUUCUCAUUGCCGCUGUGAGUCUCUCCACCUCGUGCUGGGCUGAUGUGAGAUCCCUCUUCAGCCGGAUCUUGGUAUCUCGCUCUUCCAUGAGAAUGCGCUUCAAAUCGUCGGUAAUGGCUGAUGCCUUUUUAGCCUCUUCGGUCUCUUUUCUCGCCUUUGUGAGCUGAUCUUCCAGGUCUCUGGCUCUCUUGCGUAUGGCCGCCAUCUCUUCGCGCUUGGUGCCCUGCAGGUCCAUGAUCUUUUCCUGGGCGGCCACGCUGUCCUGCUGCUGGCUGGCCUCCGCCGUCUUGCGAUAGCUGUCGUAUUCCUCGAGCACCUGCUGCAGCCUCUCCUCCCGCUCCUCGAGAGUCUUCUGCGUCUCUUCCAGCUCCCUCUGCAGAGAUCUGUGCUCCUGCCGAAGAAAGUCGAGCUGCUGCUCGCUGGUGUUGGCUGCCGACUCCAAUCGCACCACCUGCUGCACCAGGUCUUCUCUCUCCGCCUCCCAUUGCACUCGCUCGUCGUCCCUUUCGUCUUGGCUGGUUGAUACGCCCUGGCCCCCCUCUUGCAGCUGGGCCCUCAUAGCAUGCAUCUCCACCUCAUUCUGGGCCAGGGCUUUCCGCAGCGUGUCGGCCUCAUGCUUCUGGUGGAUCAGUUCGGCCGUCAUGUCUCUGAGAGUCGCCUCCCAUUGUUUCAUUUCCGCCUGUGAGCUGGUGACCUUGGCCUCCAAUCGCUGAAUCGCCCGCCGAAAGCGUGCCUCUCGUGCCUUGAAGUCGACCUUGGGAUACAGACUCGGUGAUUGUGGCGCCGUAGAGUCCGCCUCCAGGCCGCCCAGCAGUUUCGGCGCCUUCUCGACACCUAUAUGCUGGACGAGGCGGUGGAUGAUGGCAUCCUGCUUGGCCAGCUGGUCCUCCAGUGCCUUGAAGACCGCUGUGCGCCUGUGCUCCUUGCUGUUCCGGAUGGUGUCCCGCAGCUGCUUCUGCAGUCGGUCGUUCUGCUUGGACAGCCGCGAGACCGUCGAGGCGUGGAAGCGUUGGAUGAUGGCCAGCUGGCCCUGGAUAGAGUCGGGAUUGUCGUCUUCCGGCAGUAGAUGCAGCUGUCGUUGCAGCGCCUGCAAGAGCUCUUGGAACCGUUGGGGCUCUGGCCGUGGUGGUCUGUCUUGGAGGCAGGGGGUGGAAAGGCCAUGCCGACACGUGCUUGACGCACUCAUCGUUGACGUGGGAUGUAGAACAGAAUCAGAUUGUCUCACACAGAGAGCGACAGAAGUGGGGGUGUGGAACUUCGGCCUUUUCGCACGGCCGUCAGCCAUGCUCCUUCGGACAGUGGAUCAGUGGAUCAGUUGGUCACCCCUCCUCUCACUCCCCUCUCACUUUCC